AUGGUUACUCUCUCUUUUUUUUUUUUGUUUUGUUCGGAGAGGCCAGAUGUUGUGCUUUUAAUCUUCUCCUUAGAAGUUGUUUUCGUGAAAUGUUUCAACAGACAACUGCAGAAUAAGUGCCGUGCAUCAGACGGCUACAAUCGUUGUACGUUAUCUAUCUAUCUAUCUAUCUAUCUAUCUAUCUAUCUCAGGUUCUUCAUUAUCUAUCUAUCUAUCUAUCUAUCUAUCUAUCUAUCUAUCUAUCUAAGUCUCUUCAUUAUCUAUCUAUCUAUCUAUCUAUCUAUCUAUCUAUCUAUCUAUCUAAGUCUCUUCAUUAUCUAUCUAUCUAUCUAUCUAUCUAUCUAUCUAUCUAUCUAUCUAUCUCAGUCUGUUGUUCACUUCUAUCUAUCUAUUCAUAUCAAUAUAGAAAUGUAUAUAUGUCUUUGGAGAAAUCUGUUUGUUGUUGAAGAAUUUGAGAACGACAGAGUUACUUACGCGGAACUGAAACGAUCUUCCGCCCCGGGGGUACAAAAGAGUCCCUCUCGUGUGAUGAAUAUGUCCGUGUCUGAUUCAAGCGUGCAGGUCUCAUCAGUCACAAAGGUGGAUAGAGAAACACUCCCAUCUACCAAUAUAAUACACAACAAGCCUUUUCGUGUAGAAUUUCUGACAAAGCCAGCCGGGUGGGCUCACUCAGCAUCAUUAAAGGAAACAUACGGAUGGACUCUUAUUCGGCCACGAACCGACUUCAUCUAUCUAUCUAUCUAUCUAUCUAUCUCACCCUGUAAAUAUCUGUCUCUACAGCCUGGUGAUGUUAAACUACUCCCUUCAUUCUCCUUCUAUCUAUCUAUCUAUCUAUCUAUCUAUCUAUCUAUCUAUCUAUCUAUCUAUCUAUCUAUCUAUCUAAGUCUCUUCAUUAUCUAUCUAUCUAUCUAUCUAUCUAUCUAUCUAUCUAUCUCAGAAAAAUGCAACUUCUUUAUCUAUCUAUCUAUCUAUCUAUCUAUCUAUCUAUCUAUCUAUCUAUCUAUCAUCUAUCUAAUCUCUUCAUUAUCUAUCUAUCUAUCUAUCUAUCUAUCUAUCUAUCUAAGUCUCUUCAUUAUCUAUCUCUCUAUCUAUCUAUCUAUCUAUCUAUCUAUCUAUCUAUCUAUCUAUCUAUCUCAGUUUGAUCAUAUCUAUCUAUCUAUCUAUCUAUCUAUCUAUCUAUCUAUCUAUCUCAGUCUCUUCAUUAUCUAUCUAUCUAUCUAUCUAUCUAUCUAUCUAUCUAUCUAUCUCAGUCUGUUCAUAUCUAUCUAUCUAUCUAUCUAUCUAUCUAUCUAUCUAUCUAUCUAUCUAUCUAUCUAUCUGAGGUUGUUCAUUAUCUAUCUAUCUAACUAUUUUUCUUUUUAA